AAGGUUGACCCCUUUGAAUUACAGGCACAACAGAAACAGGAAGUAAGAGUGAGAGAAAGUUGUGGUGGAAGAGUACAGCAGGGUUGACCAUCAUCCCCUGCCGGAGCCUCGGGGAGCUUUUAGGUGUUUUCGCUCAAUAAACACUCACAACGCCUGGUCUGGGAAUCGAAACCGCGAUCCUAUGACCGCGUGUCCGCUGCUCUAAUCACUGGGCCAUUGCGUCUCCACGUGGACUGACCUAGGGCUACAUAAUAACCUGAGCAGCAGCAUUACUAUCACUUCGACUUCCGGUACAUGACAGUGCUGUUGCUGUCCAACUUGGCUGUUUAUUUAUUACUUGUUAACGACAACAAAACCGAGAGACCAUUGAAAGCAGUUGACAAAAGAAAGAGACAUACACGGAGAGGGAGAGGUAAGGAUAUAGACAGACAGACAACGAAAUGUCGUCCCCAGAAGUGAGAUCUCUGGAGAAUAUGCGUGCACAGUUGCCCCCCUAUGAACUUCCACCGUUCUGGGUACCACCCGAUAAACGUCCAAACCAUCCUGAUUAUGAUAAUGGUCUUGAGAAGUUCCUACCCAGAAAUAUCCAUAUAACCCGGAGCAAUGCAUCUGAACAGCUGGGAUUCAACAUCAGAGGUGGCAAAGAGCAUCACUAUGGUAUUUUUGUAUCAAAGGUGAUGCCUGACAGUGAGCCAGACAAAAUGGGUUUGACCAAAGGAGAUCAGAUUUUGUCUGUCAAUGGAAUUAACUUUGAAAGCAUCGAACAUAAUGAGGCUGUUAAAGUCUUGAAGAUGAACACUACCAUCCACAUGGUUGUCCAGUAUUUUCCAUUUGGCUAUGAUCGAACGUUUGACAAAAGCCGGUAUUUUGCCUCCCUGCAAUGGAACCCUGAAUAAUUUGGGGACAGAUAAAGGGAAAUACAGGACGUACAGAAAGAAAUACACACGCACAGACGAAUUCAGACUUGCACCAUCUGUUGAAAGAGACAAUAACAAGUAAUGCCCACAUAAUAAUGAAAAGCUGUUUUUUUCCCCAUUUUUUAUCAUCACCUUGAAGAAUCUGGACCCUGUUUGAUGAAGGCAGGUGAUGGAUGGGACCUUUUGUAAAUUUGCUCCUUCAUUUUUUUUUUUUUCUUUUAAUUAUUAAUCACAUCAUUACAACAUCAGCAUCAUCCUUUAUCAUCUCUUUCUUCCUCCGUGCAAAUUUUCUACAGCUGGAUACCCUUCCUGUCACUAUCACUUCACUCAUUUCAAGUGAGGUCAUCUUUCCUCGUAGCCAGGCUUGUUCCCACAGACGAUUGGAAAACAAGGACACUGCUUGUACAAGGGUAGCUAAACAAGAAGUCACUAACACACACGCACAUAUUUACAUCAAUAUCAGCACCAAGCAAUGUUAAGGCAUAAAUGAACUUCAGGUUAGUUAAAAGAUGUUUGUGACAUAUUUCAACUUCUCAAGGCAAAUUCACUGCAGUUACUGUUGGGAGAAAAAAUUCUCUCUUAUAAAAACGCACAACAUUGACUAUGUUGUGUUUUGGUUUUAAUUAUGCUAUGGUUUUAAUUAUGUCCAGAGUUGUCUCUUGGUAUUUCCCAUUGAUAAUGGUUAAAGAGUUAGAAUGUGUCUGGGAAUCUGACAGGGCCAUCACUGGACAGAUAUAUUUUUUACACCUUUUUUUACCUUAACCCAUUACCUACCAAUGAUCUCAUAUGAGAUCACUUAAAAAUUACGAAUUUCGUAAUUAUCUGUCGAUAUUUACACAUAUCUAACCUUUUUGCUAUAUCUACUAGGUAUAUUUCUCUGAUAUUCAAAUGAGGUUUGCUAAUUUUUCACCCAAUAUCAUCUCGCUUAUUUCUAUUUAAAAUGUUAUUUUGAUCAUUCCAGCGUGUUUCUACGGCUGUUUUAUGCUAGAAAUCAAAGUUUCAUUAAAAAAAUUCCAGUUAAUAGAAAAUUAUGGGAGGUAAAUGGGUUAAGAGAGAAUUUUUUUCUCUCAACGGUAACUGCAAUGAAUUUGCCUUUAGCAGUGGAAAUGUGUUAAAAACAUAUUUUAACUAACCUAAAGUUCACAGACAUAUUAUAUAUGUGUCAGGCCUUUUCAGUUUCCAUCUACCAAACCAACUCCUAAAGAUUUGGUCACCCCAGGACUAUAGCAGUGGGACUGAACCUGAAUCCAUGUGUUUGGGGGCAUAACUUAACCACACAGUCACACCUGAACCUCCAUGCCUUAUUGUACAUUAUAAAUAUUAUACAUAUCAUUAUUUUAAUCUAAUACUGUUUAAUCCUUUAGCAUUCAAACAGGCUAUAUCCAGCCCAAAUAUUCAACCUGUUUUAUAACCAUAUCUGGCCUUUCACACCUACCCUACAAUGCUAUUCUAAAAAUAAGAUAAUCAUAUAAUUGAAAUCUCACAGCUACAAGAUAAUGCAUGAUUAGUUCCAAAUACUGUGAAUAUAUAUGAGGCGGGACUGGAAAGUUCCUUCCUUUAAGGGUAUCGUGAAAGGCCUGGUUGGAAGCUCACCUUUCCAAGUUCUUUUACAGAGCUUAGAAAAAGUAAAGGAUCACUGCGAUACGUAUGUGGGGAAUAAGUUCAAUAAAAUCAUGAUUAACUGA